AUGGCCAUCGUCUUCAUCCUCUUUCUAACUCUCCUUCUCGCAGCCCUAUCUCCCUCUCUCUCAUCAUCCCCUACCUUCGUCAACAUCGACUGUGGUUCAAACUCUACCUUCGCCGACGGCGUCUUCCUAUGGCUCCCCGAUGUUUAUUCUUACGUUCAAAACGGAGACUCCCACGUCGUUCAAUACACCGACCCGGUGCCUCGGUACAUGAGCCGAACUGCCAUGUCCACCCUCAGAGCUUUCCCUACCCUCAAGAAGAACUGCUACACCGUCAACGUCGUUAAGGGACAGAAGCUUCUGGUUCGAGCAAGCUUCUUCUAUGGAAACUACGACGGCAAAAACUCUCCUCCCACCUUUGACCUUCACUUUGACGGCAAUUUCUGGGCCACUGUAAACACUACGGGUGUGAGAGGUGUGUAUCAUGAGGCCAUUUAUGUUAACAAGAAGAACACGACCAGUGUUUGUGUUGCCCAGAUAUUUAAGGAUCAGGUUCCUUUCAUUUCUGGGUUGGAGAUUCGAAGCUUAGAGAUGAGCAUGUACAGUCAUGUUGAUUCUGGGCGUGCUCUGUUCCUGUCUAACAGAGUCAAUGCUGGUGCAAAUUUCAGCACUAGGUAUCCAUAUGAUGCUUAUGAUCGGAUUUGGAGAGCACAAGGUGGGUUCUUUUCUGUGGACAAUGUGGUAAACAAAGCUCCAUCGAUUGACACCAGCAAAGCAGAAAAUCAACCACCUCUUACUGUUCUUCGAACUGCAAUCAAAACCACAGGAACUUCAAGGGGCAUUGUUCUUAACACAGACCUUCCUACCAACGGUGAAUCUGUAUAUAUCACAGCCUACUUCUCUGAAAUCACUCGCCUUCUUCCCAACCAAACAAGAUCUGUUCAAGUUUACAAAAACAUAGUUCCUUAUUCACAACUAGUCGUCCCUCCUUUUGGAUCUGUAUCAGAGCUGCACAUCACAAACAUGACUGCGAAUUCAAACACAAUUCUGGCUGUUUUUGCAGCCAAGAGUUCCAAUCUUCCUCCUCUGCUUAAUGCCUACGAAGUCUACACUGUUAGUGGUGCACUUACAGAUGGAACUAACAGUGAUGAUGUGAAAAGAUUGGCAGCACUGCAGAGGGAGUUUAAAGUUCUUCAGAAAUGGAGUGGCGACCCUUGUCUUCCAUCUUCAUUUUCAUGGGAAUGGCUAGAAUGCAAUUCUGAUGCCUCACCUCGUGUCACAAAAUUGAAUCUUGGAAGCUUUGGCUUAUCAGGAAUGCUCCCAGACCUCAGUUCUAUGACUGAACUUGAGACAAUUGAUUUGCAUAAUAACAGCUUGUUUGGACCAAUCCCCAGCUUUCUUGGUUCAUUGCCAAAACUGAAAUUGCUGUGUGAGAUCAAGCGGCACAGAGAGCAGGAAGGUGGCAUCAACGUUGACAACCAUACUCUCUUUGUCAUUGCUUCUGUUACGUUGUUUCUGCUGCAGCUAAAGAACUUGUAG